AUGUCGGGCACUCCUGGUGCUGCUGCUGGCUCCAGUAGUGGUCUAUCGACGCUUUCGACGGCGCUUCUCGCUGCUGCAUGCACCGCUGUAGCUGCUUCUGCCAUCUUCGUCGCCGUAGCGUUACGCCGAUAUUUGCAAGCAAAAAAGCGCAAGUCCUUUUUGAUCGCCCCUUCGCAAGCACCAGCGUCAGCCGCUGCCAUCUACGCACAACGCAUCAAGGACAAGUCAAUAUCAGCCGAAGACAUUAGCGUGCCUAAUCGCACCUUUGCUUCUGAACGCGCUUACAACGUUCAGCAUGGACCUGCCAAAUCGCCGCUCGCACAAAGGUCAGAAACGACCAUGCGUCAGCACAACUUGUUCUCAGCAAGGCCAUUCGCCUCUCCAAAGCUGCCCAAGGCUGCGCUGCUCUCGCCAAGGAUGCCACCUCCUGUAUCGGCUGAUCAGUCUUCUCCACAAACACCUCGCACACCCAAAUCUCCAGGCUUGACUGAGCUAGCCUUGUCUCCUGGCCCCAGUAUCCUUCUCAAGCCUGUCGCCUAUGGAAAGUCUCCACGGAUCACAUCGCCAUCUCCUUCCAAGGCUAGCGCCACCGACAAGAAAAUAGACGCUUCAGAACAGAAAAGGAAGCUUACACGAAGCGCGGUGCCAUCCAUGUUGCUUCGCAGCCUUGGCGUCUUGCCUGAUUUCUCCGCCACUUCGAGCUCGGAAGCGAAGGAGACCCUCGUCGACAUCGAGAUGCAGGCAAAGCAGGAUCCAAAUGACGAGGAAGAGCCCUCUCUAACACCAAUUCUUGAUCUCGGCAUCGACUUUGGAAACGAAGAGUCUUUUGAGCAGUCGCUCCAGCUUCCCGCCGACUUCUCCUUUGACCGAAACAACAGCAACACUUUGGGCCUCGAUUCUUUGGCAUCUGAACAAGCAAAACAGCCACAGAUGAGCGUUGGUAUGCAAAGUCUCAUCGACGCCUUGUCGCCCACUCAGCCAGAGACUGAAAUGCUUCCACGCUUCAGAGCAAACCCUCCCGCAAAACUCACCGCCGUGCAUUCAUUCGCGCCAGGACGCUCCCACCUACCGACGCCUCCACCCUCAGCCGGCUUGCCUCCUGCGCCAACAAGCGCACCGAUGCACAAAUUGCCCUCCAAUGGCUCCUUGCAGAGCAAAUCGAGCAAAGCCACUGCAACGAGCGCUGCAUCCUCUGCACUCGACUCCUUCCACAGCGCAACCGGAUCCACUGGACAGAUCUGCAUCAAUAUGGACACCAUCGACACUGCGUUAUCCCCAAAUCUUGACUCGGAAGACGGGCAGGAGACUCUCUUGCCCUACCGCCCGCUGAGUCUCGGACUCGGUCCAGCGAAGAGUGCGUCGCAUGACACGUUGACCAACUUGCUGAAUGGAUUGCACACGCCGUCGCGAAGCUCAGACGACGAUCUUGAAGCUAGCAAUCCGUCCAUAGAUGAGUCAUCAACCAACAGUCGAUCCUCUUCGAGCGAUGAUAUGUCGCUUAGUUCGUCACAGACCAGCGUCGAUGAGGCCAACACAAGCAUCGGUAAAGCCAACAUCGUGCCUGCUGCUUCGAUUCCGCCUCUUCCGCCUACGCCUGUCUCUGUCCCUAAGACGGCUCAAGACCAGACGCAUCAGGCCAGCUUCCCUGCUACCUUUGCUGACGAGCCUUCUGAAGCAGUCGCGCCCUUCCCGACGCGCAAGAGGGCGUCGACGCUGGGCGCUCUCGACCGACCAAAAGUCAACACAUUCAACUGCAUGAAUCCGCGUACCGCACCUAUGCCACCCUCGGAUGGCAAUGUCACAAGCCCGAGCAUUAACGUCGAGUCGUUCGAAAUGAAUCGGACAGUCAGAUCGAGCGAUCACCUUCCUCUCGCUGGCACGAGCAAGGGUGCAGGCAUGAACUUCAAGAGCCCGUAUCACCACACUCUGAUCCCCGACCCUCCGAUGGAUGCUGGGCAUCUCUCUCCAGGUCUCGGCGCAGACAGUCCCAUCUUGGCUCAGCUCAGCCCCAAGAUUCGCGGCACCUCGCCUUCGCUCAGUCCCAACUUCAGUCCAAAGCCUGGUUUCACCGAAUCUCUCAAGGCUAGGCUGAGCCUCUCUCGUAAAUCGAUGACAAGCUCGCCCGGUCUCGCGUCCAAGAACAGUACUCCCCUCAGCACCCUCCACCACUUCCCCAAGCCCAAUGGCGACCGCUUCCACAACUUUGCAGACAGCGCGGAUGUCGGCGAUCCUGUCGCUGGCGAUGCGACGCCCAAGGUCAAGUCCAGCCAGCCGGCCGAGACACCGGCGCGACCUUCCACGAGUCCACUAUUGGGUCAGCAAGCCAACGAGGUCAGAUUCGGGUUCAGUCCUGCCAUCCUUUUCAAUGGUCAGAAGAUCGAGCCCACCGAGCCGCUGCGAUUCAAAAAGCCUAGCUCUGCAGCUGGCCGUCUAGAAGGCUCGCCCCAGUCGCUCUACUCGGCUGCAUCGCCUUCGCCCAUGCUGCACACCAGUCAAUGGGGUGUCAACCCCACCGUGGACGCACGUGAGGAUGCCGUGGAUCCAUCUGAAGCGGUGUCGUCACCCCGCGUCGCCCAAGAGACUCCGUCUGGUGAGCAGAUCGAGUUUGGCGUCACAUCCUCACCUAGCAUCUGCGGUCCUGCUGCUGCUCCAGCGCUAAACUUGAACCAGCCACAAGUCACGAGCGCCUCCACAAGCCCUGUAAUGGGUGACACCACGCCGCGACCCGAUUUGAGCUCUGAUUCCAGCGCUCUGGCGCUCCAAGAAGAGGAGCUGGAAUCGGAGCUUGAGCACCUUUCCUACCGUGACAGCAUGAUCAGUGUCGCCGCCUCCACCAUCAGCAUUAUGAGCAACAGCACGUGCCUGUCGGACACCAUGGGCGAAGAUCUCGAUCUUGCCGCCGAUCGCCGGGCCAAGCUGCUUGCCAGUGUCCAGCAAAACGUGGCCAAGGCCAAAGCCAAGGACGCCAAGCGCGACAGCCAGGCUGCUCAACGCUACCGAAAAUCGCAAAUGUCGCAAACGUCGUCGCUUCGCAACAUCCCUGAGGAGGUCUCUGGCGGUGUUCAGACCAUGGGUCUCGGCCUAUUCGAGAGCGAAGAGGAACGGGAUGACGAGGAGAGGGAGACGCUGGAAGACAGUCCUAAGAGUGCUGUUGCUGAGCCCUACGCUUGUAAGAAGCUCAACGACCUCGUCCUCAUGCCUCAUACUGACAGCCGCCUUGUUGGACCUCUGACCCCUCCUUUGACACCCGUGGACGCGACUGCAACGCAAAAGCAGUCGAGACAUGCACCCACGCCGUCGACGAGCUCUGCUUCUUCUGCUUCUUCGGCUGGCUCUGUUCCACGACGUGUCCGUCCAUCAAGGGGUCAACUUGCACCCAUUGACACAAACGCUGCCAACCGCCUUUCUCCUUACGGAGAGCAGCGGGAUGGAGCAUCCUCUCCGUCUUCGCUCAAACUGAGGCCACUGAGUCUGGCUGCUAGCCUGCACGGCGGCGACAGCAGCCCGAUGAAGCGAUUCGAGCGACCGGCGUUUUCGCCUGCGCUCCCUGCCAAUUUCUCAAGCCCUGUGCCAGCCCACGUGUCGGGAGACCGAUCGUCGCGAUACAACGAAGAAUGUCGUAGCUCGCGCUGCACCACGUACCGUCAGGGUGGCGUAUUGCCCACUGUCAGCUCGAAAGGCGCGCUCGAGACGGGUCGAGCCGGUCACGCCGAGCCGUCGUUGACGCAUUCGGACAGCAACACUUCGAUGGGUUCGAUUGCUUCUUCGUUAGGAUCGUUCUCGAGGAUAGGUCACUUCCCCAGCCCAGUCAAGUCGAGUUUCGGACAUCAUGGCUUGGGCAAGGCCAUGGGCAUGCGACACACGCUAGGCUCGCGAGGAAGCGUAAUAUCUGACGUACAAGAUUUGCCCACUACCGGCAUGAUCGGCCGACUCGCUUACAAGACCAGUGAUUUGUCCGUGGAUAGCAUGUGA